AUGAGGUCACACUCAGACAGCACACACUGUGGCUACAUUCUCCCCCCGCUGGUGGUCAGUGCCAGUGACACGAUAUCUGUCAGCUUCCAGUCAGACAGUCGCCUCACAGACCGAGGAUUCUCUGCCAGGUGGGAAGCUGUGUAUCCUGAGGAUAUUGCAGAAAUCCAGGGCUGUGGCAUUUCCUCCAAAGAGGAAACAGGAGUUAUUAAGUCCCAGAACUGGCCCAUGAACUACAGAGCUAACAGCGAGUGCAUGUGGAACAUCGCUGUGCCUUUGGGGAAAAAAAUCACGCUGAAGUUCACCCACUUUGACCUAGAAGCCAAAGAUUUCCUGACGUCCAAAUGCUAUGAUAACAUAAUAGUGUAUGACAUCAAUGGUUUGACUAAUGCACUGCUUCAAAAGCACGGUCCAUUUUGUGGGACUAAGCUGCCUCCUACCAUCAAGACAAAAGGCAACAGACUGGUGAUCCGUUUCCAUUCAGACCUGUUUACUGAGGCUAAAGGCUUCCGGGCCUACUGGACAACAGACCCCAGUUUGCCUGCUCCCACUGAGCCGCCUGCUCCACCCAACCCCUGGGAUAACAUCACCAUAGACUGGCCCAAUGACUGUGGGAAACCAGCCAUCCAUCCUGUUGUUGUGUCACGCAUUGUGAACGGAGAGGAGGCCAGGCCACACUCCUGGCCCUGGCAGGUGUCCAUGCAGGUCUGGCCAGCCAGUCGUCCAGAGCCCACAUUCUUCCACACCUGUGGUGGUACUCUAAUUCACAAGAACUGGGUACUUACAGCAGCCCACUGCUUCAUAAACUAUGCUGAUGAGCUGCAGCGCUGGCGCAUGUGCCUCGGCAAACACAACCUGACUUACACAGAGCCGAGUGAGCACUGCUUCAAUGUGACUGGUAUCUAUCGCCAUGAGGGCUUCAAGUAUCCCACAGUGCCCACAGUGGAGUUUGACAUUGCUCUGAUCUCAUACGCCUGCCUUCCCUCUGAGGAGGAAGUCCUGCCUGGGGGAAAGAAGUGCUACGCCACCGGCUGGGGAGACGAGACCGGUGAUUCACUAAAUGCUAAAGUUGCAGAGAAGCUAAACCAGGUCGCCCUGCCUGUUGUGCCGCAUGACACCUGCAAGAGGAUGGAUUACUGGUGGUUUCAGGUCAAGACCUCCAUGAUCUGCUGUGGUUACACCCUGCCUGAUGAGCUCAAGUCCGUCUGUCAGGGAGAUUCAGGUGGUCCGCUGGUGUGCCAGGACACCCCCACUGGUCCUUGGGAAGUUCAUGGUAUAACCAGCUUCGGC